AUGAAGACCCCAGACGCCGAGAGACAGGUAGCAGAGACCCUUGGAAUCACUGAUGGCCGGGCUCGAGCUCUCCUCCGAGCCAAGAACCAAGACGUUGACGAGGCAAUCAAGCACUACAACAAGACCACCAUCCACUUGCCUCGGCCUCCUCUAAAACUCAGGAAAAUGUUCGACGGAGCGGAGGAAUCCGACCAGGUAUGCAGCACCGCGGCGAGUGUUACGCCAUCAGAGACCGAAGCAGGAAACGAUGAAGACAAUGCUCAGGAGUGGGACUUCGUCCUCCCUCGCAUCCCACCCCCCAAGGCACUCAUCAACGGAGGCAAGGAUGAGAGCGGUCUCUUCUUCCUGCGUGAGCUGGUCGGCGCCAUCCAACAUGGCGAGGGCUGCGACAGGGUCCGCAACUACCUGGCCUACUACAACCCCGACAAGGUUCGCGCCGAGAUCAACGCACCUGUCGAGGGCUUCCCCGCCAUCUUCUACGUGGCAGAGACGCGCAACCCCGAGCUUAUCAGGCUCUGGUGCAAGUACGGCGGAGACGUCAACGCCACAGCUUCGUGCGGACUGUCCAAGGACGUGCCUCUGCUGGCCUACGCUGUUGCCCUGGGCGGCUCGUUCAGGAAUGACACCACUGAUCUAGUCGCCACACUUCUCAGCCUUGGUGCAGACCCUGCACCCAUCCCCAAGGCUUUCUAUUUCCCCCUGACGCGAGACUUGCCUACCAACGGACCACAGGGACAGGAGAUUCCUGAGCCGUUGCCCGACACCAUGCAGUGGUGCACUCCUGCUGCGAGGGCUUUGAUCGCUGCUCGUAUCAACUUCAGGCAGCGAUACUACAUGCACAUGGCCAGCAUCUUGCGAACUCAUGGUCCCCGGGCCAAGCAGGUGACGUGGUACAAGGACGCCGAGAACCUCUUGGGUGUGCCCUACUUCCUCAUCGGACAGACGCCGGCGGGACAGUUCCUCAUCAAGCGGCUCCUUCGCCAUCUCGCAAAGCCGUCCAAGGCGCCCCUCGUCAUGGUCUUUGCUGGCCCCUCCGGCCACGGCAAGACAGAGCUCGCCCGCAGGCUUGGCGAGCUGAUCUCCCUCGAGAUGGAGAUUGUGGACUGCACGAACAAGAGCGAUGAGAAGGAGAUGUUUGGCGCGAGGGCUCCCUACCAGGGCUGGGAAAACAGCUCACCCCUGAACAGCUUCCUGGCUCGCAACGCCGGCAAGAGAUGCAUCGUCUUUCUCGACGAGUUUGAGAAGACCAGCAAGGGUGUUCACCAGACUCUUCUGCUCCCAUUCCAGAAUGGCGAAUACGAGGAUAGGAAGGCCAGGGCCACUGUGAACUGCUCCAAGGCAAUCUGGAUCUUGGCCACCAAUGCCUUUGACGAUACCAUUCACGAGUUCUGCAAGGACAAUGAAGAGAAGCUCUUCAAGGCCGAGGACCCGGCUGCCUCGGAGAAGCUCGUCAAGGGUCUCUGCAAGACCCUUCGAACCGAGUCCAUCUCGCAAUUUGGUGCGCCCCUGACCGGACGUAUCACGGAGUUCGUCCCGUUCUUGACCUUCUCGCAGGUGGAGCAGGCCGCCGUCGCCCACAAGUACCUGACCGAGGUGGGCAAGGAGCUCGCUAAACCGGUCGUGGUCACCCGCGAGGAGGACAAGCAGCGCUUCGUGGGCAACGUCGACCUCCAGGUCCCCAAGGACUACAGCGUCUGCCGCAUCAUCGCCCACGACGAGUACGUGGAGCACCUGGGGGCGAGGAGCGUCAUCAACGGCGUCAACCGGAUGAUCGAGGGCGAGGUGAUUGACCACUACCUUGAGAUCGAGGAUGAGAUCAAGGAGGGCCAGGGCAUCGCCACCUACCGUGUACAGCCCAAUGUGGACGAUGAGAUUGAGGUGUGUUAUGUUCGAGGCGGUGCUCCUGGCACGGGCGGCGCUGAGUAG